CAUGCGCCAUCAGUUUGAGACCCGCGCUGCUCGCUGUCUCGCUCGUGCCGUCUGCCAGCCCCCGGCUGUGAGAGCCCGCCCACGAGCCCACCACCACCACCCGCCCCCGUAGUCUGCGCAUACCGGAUGCGUCUUUGUGCGCGCUGAGACCCGCUCUGACGUCGCCCUCGGCGCAGUCCCAUCGCCAUGUCGUUCCUCUUUGGAAAGAAAAACAAGCAGCAGCAGGCCGGCGCCCUCCCGCCCGCAACACGCGAUAUCGGCUCGUCGCAUGGCCCACCACCCGCAGGCUCGCAGAUACCCGCGCCCAACGGCACCGGCGCACGCGAACCCUCCUCUGAGAAGCAGAGGAGCGGGUCAGGGACCCAGACCUCGACCCCCGGCAACAACAGUGCGAACAACAGCUUCAGCUCGCUGAGCGCGGGCAACACCGCAAGCCCCGAGCCAAAGGCCCUCCGCGACCAGGGAAAUGCUGAUUUCGCGGGCGGCCCAAGGAACGCCCGCGGUCCCCCAGAAUCGUCCCCGUAUCCAUGGAGCUCUCGCCGAUUGAACUUCACUACCAACGCCUCGCCUUUCCCUCGGUAUGGCGCCGCCAUCAAUUCCUCGACCGGCUCUGCUGGCGUUAUCUACAUCAUGGGUGGGCUCGUUGGAGGUGCUACGGUCAAAGGCGAUCUCUGGGUGGCAGAGAUGGGGAACGGUAGCAUGGCCUGCUACCCCAUAUCGACGACAGGCGACGGACCCGGCCCCAGAGUAGGUCAUUCCAGUCUACUAGUCGGCAACGCCUUUAUCGUUUUUGGAGGAGACACGAAGCUCGAUGAAAAUGACGACUUGGAUGACACCCUCUAUUUGUUGAAUACAUCAACAAAACACUGGUCCAGGGCACUGCCGCAAGGACCACGGCCGACAGGUCGAUACGGACACACGCUGAACAUCCUGGGUUCCAAGAUCUACAUUUUCGGAGGUCAGGUCGAAGGUUUCUUUUUUAAUGAUCUGGUUGCAUUCGACUUGAACUCGCUACAGUCAUCGUCCAGUAGAUGGGAGGUACUGCUUCCCAAUCAGAAAGAAGGGACCGCAUCGUCACCUUCGACUCGCUCCCCCCCUGCUCGGACCAAUCACUCGGUUGUCACGUGGAACGACAAGCUCUACCUGUUUGGCGGCACGGAUGGAGUCACCUGGUUUAACGAUGUCUGGACCUACGAUCCUCGCUCCAACAGUUGGAGCGAGCAAGAGUGCAUUGGGUAUAUCCCCGUUGCCCGAGAAGGCCACUCCGCAACCCUCGUCAAUGAUACCAUGUAUGUUUUCGGCGGUCGCACUCAAGAUGGCGUUGACCUCGGAGACCUCGCGGCCUUCCGGAUAUCCUCUCGCCGGUGGUACAUGUUCCAAAACAUGGGACAUUCCCCUUCCCCACGUUCCGGUCACAGCAUGACCGCAUUCGGCAAACAUGUCAUAGUAGUGGCCGGUGAGCCAUCGUCAUCUGUCGCUGACAAGAACGAGCUGAGCCUUGCGUACGUCCUGGAUACUUCUAAGAUAAGAUACCCACCAAACGAGGCGCCGCCUCCUCAGCCCGGAAAUGCCCCAAGGAAAUUGAGCGGUAGUGAUAGAGCGAAUAUUCCCCAGGCGAAAGCUGGUUCGCCUCCUACCCGUGGAAGCAUGAUGCCUAGCGCACAAGAACCCAGACCACAAGAUCUUUUGAUGAACGGUGCUGGACCUGCUGGAUCUCGACUGCCCCGCGCAGCAGGCCCAGCACCCUCAGGGCCACCUCCACUACAACAGGCCCCUCAACCACGGGGACCCCCUCCGGCGAGCGGAUCUCGAAGCAAAACACCCACCAAGAAUGAGAGAGGUUAUGGCCCACCAUUGGAUACCCGUGGAGCCUCGUUCGAGCGAGAAAACAUCUCUCCCAUCACGAGGGAGAGCCCCGCUGAUGUGCAAUCACAAUCGCUCAACGAUGUUGCUGUUAACGGAACCAGAAAAAUGUCCGAGGGUGGCCAAAGCCAACCAAAAGAGUCCAUGGAUACGUCACGGUCGGGGAGUCUUGUAUCGCGAAGCACUUCAAAGUCACAUCGCCCACAGCACUCACUAGAAAGUAUAGAGCAGGCUGCCGCGAGACGUUCCAACGAGAACCAGCAACGUGCACUAAGUCGGGAAGCCGAAAGACCAGCCGAUAGCGGGGCUGCCGCCUCGCCUGCGGUCACCCAGAUCCACAACGAGUUGAAUCAACAGCUAGAAACACUCAAAGUCCGGAACGCUUGGUAUGCUUCCGAGCUUGCUCUUGCUCGGAAGGCUGGAUAUAACGCAGGGACAGCCACCAGCCCUGCUUUUGACGAGCGUUCAGCAGAAGCUUUCGGUGACGAUGAGAAGCCUUUGUUCGAAGCGCUGCUCAAGAUGAAGAACGAAUUGGAAAGAGUACAAACUUCAAUCAAAUCGCAGGGAGACGACGCGGCUCGCAGGAUAGCUGAGGUGGAGAGGCAACGUGAUGCGGCGAUCAGCGAAGCAAUCUACGCAAAGGCGAAAUUGGCUGCCCAUGGCGGUGGCAGCCAGGGAGGCACCCCUCAACCCGACGCUCCGCGUAGUACCGCUACCCCUGAUAUGGACCGUGUGGCCGACAUCAACCGUCGGUUGGCCGCAUCACUGGCCGCUCAGAGUGAAUUGACUAUAAAGCUGGAAAAGUUGACCCAUGAGGUUGAGGCUGAACGCAAAUCGAAACAAUUAGCGGACGAUACGGCGGAAGCUGCCCAGAAGCGAGUACAAGAGCUCGAUUCUUCGCGCCAGAAGAAUUCUGCUGAGCUCGAAGGAUUGCGAGCUGCACUACACGAAGCCGAGCAGAUCGCCAGGGAAGCAACAGCUAGCGCAGCCGAAGCUGAAGCCACGUCGAAGCUCUUGUCCGUCGAUAAGAACGAGCUAAGCAGCAAAUUUACAAGAGCCAUGGAAGAGUCCAUAAAUCAUGCGUCUGUGCUUCAGUCGCUCAAAGAAGCUUUGGCUGCUUCAUCAGAUAAGUCUGGUCUACUAGAGAAGCAAUUAGAGGACGAACGAUUCCAACGAGAAAGUCUACGACAGAAGCUUGCUCAGCUGCGGGCGGAGCACGAGAACCAAACCAUCGAACUAGAAGCGGCAUCGCAAAAGCUUAACGACACUGAACAACUCGCCGGGAAGUAUGCUGAGGAAGCACGACUCCAUCGCCAGGCAGUUCUCAAUGGCCUUGGGCAGAUUACCAACCGCGACGAAGGUAUUGAAGAUGCAAUGGAUGAGCGUGUAACUAUCCUCCAGCAACAGGUCGAAGCUGCGAACGUCAUGGUGCGCAAGAACCAAACAGCAGCGGAUGCGGCAUCCGAAAAACUACGACGGGCUGAGGAGAGAAUAGCCGGCCUUGAAGCGUAUCAAGAGCAGUCUAGUCGUGAAGGUCUUAACAUCCGCAAGCAGUUGCAGCAAGCAAUGCGAGACAUGCAAGCAGCUGAAGCUGAAAAGGCCGAGUUGCAACAGCAACAUGAGCGUCUGCGGCUGGACAGCAAUGCUUUCGAGGUUCAGCUCAAGACUUUGAAGAACCUCCUCGAAGAGCGAGGCGUAAGCGCGGUGGACGCACGCCGCUCUAGGGUUCUAGACAGCCCCAAUUCCAGAUUCGGAACGCCAGAGCUCAAUCGCGUUCGUGAAUUAGAGCAGCAAAUCGACUCCAUGGGCAAAGCACACGACGAAUUGCGGUCUGCUUUUGAGCAGCGCGAGCAUGAUGUAAGUCAGCAAUGGGAGGAGAAAUUGCAGGCUCUGCACAAUGAUCACCAAGCCGCCGUCAAAUACCUUCGGGGCACGGAGAAGAUGCUUACCAAGAUGAAGGCGGAGCUCGACCGGUACAAGCAAGAAAAGGUCAAGCUGGAGGCUGAGCUUGCGCAAACACGGUCAGCUUCGCGGAGCCCGACCAAAGAGCAGUCUGCGGAGUGGGAAGCAGAGCGUGAAGCCCUCCGGGCCCAAAUAUCCUCCACAGAGGAGAACAUGAAGGCAUCUGUCGCCAAGUUGGAGUCCCAGCUCUCUUCCCUGCAGACGGAUUUGGCCAUGGCACAGCAAGAAGCUGCUGCUGCUGCUAAGAAGGUGAACGAGGCGGAGUCCUCAGCCCAACAAUCACGCGCCGAUCUAGAAACGCUGCGUAUCCAGAACGCGGAACUGGACGAGCGGGCCCGCGAAGCCGAAACUCGUGUGCAGAUGUUCCUGGACCAAUUCGAGACGUCUGUUGAUAAUUACCGCCGUCAAUCCCAACCCACAUCGACAGCGGUCAACGGACAGGCCCGCGGACAUCGUCCACACGAUAGUAUCGCUUCGGGGGAAUCAAUGUACAGUGAUGAGGGCACUGCGACCCCUGACGCCGGCAACAGGCCCAGCUCAGCGGUCACGCGGAAUUCCAUGGCACUGGAUAACCUCGCUUCCGAAUUAGAUGCUCUUCGAAGCAACUGGGAAACCACUAACAAAGCCUAUCGUCUUUCUGAUCGCUUUGACUUUGAGCGCACGCCCACGAGCGAGAAGGGCGAAUUCAAUGAUUUCUCAGACUGGAGGCAACGAAUGGAUGCAUCGAUGGUUGACGAUAACGAUCAGGAUGGCAGGAAGAACUCUGAGGCGCACGAUUCCCAAGCAACACCGACUUCGGCCACAGCACCUCCAUCUGCGGCUCCAGUCGCGCCCAAAGCUGCUUCUCCUACACCUGCCGGCCCCGGCGGUGCCGCCAUGAUAUAAAUGACGACCAGGGCGUUUACCGGAUUGAUUUUGGAAUGCCGAAAAACCGAAUACCUCUACCUUUUUUUCUUCUCUGUAGGACGGGCUGGCUGGGCUUUCUUGGAUUGUCCGUUUGAUUGGCGCUAGAUGGUCU